UGGACCUGCUGGCUGUGGGGAGCUACAAGAGAUUUGGGAGAGGGAAGUGUUAUUAUACCUUGGGAGAAGCUGACCCUGUAUGACCCCCAUCACAGUAAAUUUCCAACGGGGCAUCUGGAAUUCAGGCCCCAGAACCCAAGGCCCCAUUCCUUUCUUUCAUACAGCAGCCCACCAAAACCUGGCCUCAAAGAUCUUCUGUUUAUGCUGCAAAUGCUGUGAGGAACCCAAUGCCACAGAUGACUCCAAGAUCCCCAGUCAAACCCAAGAGCUUCAGCCAUCAAAGCAUGGUCUGCAGAAGGAUGAGCUUGACGGACAAAAUCUCAAGCAAGAUAAUGAAGUGUCCCGUGUGAUUUUGGGAAAAUCCCUGCUCCAUCCAGAAAAGAGAACCUCCUAUUUCAGCAGCAGUGAGUUUGAGGCCACAUCCAGGAAGGAGAAAUGCAGCCCCAUUGAUGGGCACCAACGCUGUACCCAGGCCAGGAUCCACGUGGCUCACACAGUAUUCCAGAAUCUGACAAUGACCAGGGAUGGAGGUGACCGGAACAGUCCACCCAGGGCCAGAGCAAAGCCUUCACUCAGUGUGAUGUUUCCCUUUCUUCUUUCAGAUGUGAAUUCACAUGUUUCCAAAAGAGGAUUUCACAAGAGAAACCCAAGCCGCUACUCCCAGGAUCGCUGGCCGUACCAGCCAUGCCUCAUUGGGAGACCCUGAACAUUCUAGACGGCAGCCCCCUCGCAGGUCUCCGAGGCUGCACGGCUGCUGGAGGGUCUCCGGCAGGAGCCAUGAAGACUGAUUCGGAAACUCCCCAGAGGAGGAGAAGACGUCUGAGCCAUCCCUGUGCCGCCAGCAAGAGUCACUUCAGCUCCCGGAGAAGCCACUGUGGAGGAGCUGCCUCCAAUUAAAGUCCUUAGUUGCAUCUUAGGCCUGUGUCCCUCCUCUUUUCCCCUCUCCCAGCCCUACUUCUGAGAUUCCCUUGAAUAUAGAACAAUUAGAAUUAGGCAUCUCUUAUUAAGAAAUGAGGUCUGAUUCUAAAACACUUUCAGUCACUCCUUACCAACCUAACGAAGUACUUAGGAGAGGCUGGUCAGCAAUGGGCAGCUAUAAAUAGAUGCUGUAAUAACUGUCUAGAGCUUGAGGGCACAAUACUGCUCGCCUACUGUGGGACUCAAUUUGGUGCUCAGGGUCAUAGUGAACAGUGGGGCAGGUAGUGCACAACUCUACAACCAGCAGCCCUAUAGUGCAAUGCACAGCCCAUGCAGUUGUAGAAAGCUGUUUGUGCUAAAACGCAGAGCAUGCAAACAUAACAUGCAGGACACCCCAAGUGGCUUCAGCUUUAGCCAGGGAGCCAGGCACAGAAGCAUAUCACUUCACCUUAUAGACAACAAUUGGGAAACAAUAACAAUGGGGAAUUUUGCAACCAACUUGGGGAUUUGAGGAAGGCUUCCUGGAAGAGAUGGUGCUUGAGUUUUUUGAAAGUUGAAAGGGAAUUAGCCAAGCAAAGAGGAGAGGGGAAUGGUAUUCCAGAAGUAGGGAACAGAAUAAGCAAAUUUGGAAAACAGAAACACAAGCUGGUAGGAGUAUAAAGUAGUGAACUUCGAUGCUUGGAAAGACAAAAGUGAAAACCUGAGCCAGGGUGUUGGGAGAGGUGAGGGGGACAGAGCUUUAAGAGCCUCUUAUCCAGAAAAAGAAAGUUGGACUCUAUCCAGAAGGUAAUGGGGAGCCAGGGAAGGUAAUGUUUAGGCAACAAAGUGACAUAGCCAUAUUUCUGGUUUUUGCAAUAUGAACACGGUGAGUUGUUAAGACAAUACAUUAGCACUCCCUGUGUCUGCCCCCAGCACUGAAGAGGAGAAUAAAGGAAGAUGAUGUCUUAUACCACAUUAUUAUAGAUUAAGAUUCACACCUACAGUGGAAAGCCCAUCCUGGCUGCAAUUUGAAGGAUGUGCAAUUUGAAGAAGUGUGAGCAAUAAUGAUAACAGCAGUGUAUAAAUCUGGUAUAUUACUCUUCUAAAUGCUUUAUAAAUAUCAACUCACUUAGCAUAAUAACCCAACAAGGAUAGUACUGUUACUACUCUGGUUUUACAAAUUAGGAAACUGAGACACAGAGAACUUACAUAAGUCUCUGAAGAUUACACUAACAGUAAAUGGCAGAGCUGAGACUUGAACCCAGGACACCUGAUUCCAGAAUUGAUACUCUUAACCAACCAGUUAUGCUGCCUUCACAAUGAUGGUAGAAUGACAUUCAGUGAUUGCUUUUGGCUCCAAAUUGACAGUUCAUUGCCUGUUCUUCAAAACUGGAGUUGGGCCCUUUAAAUCUUUUUCCCUUGGCAGCUAGUGCAAUGUUAGGCUUCGUCAGUAGGGGGUGCUGGAGAUACUGGAAGAGGAAGGGCUUUCCUUCUGUUCUGGGGAGCUCACUUAGCAGGGAGCAGCACAUGUAGCUCCUUGGGUAUCUGGCUCUGGCAGUUCACAUGGCUUCUCCAGCACCCAGAUCCUGCUGUAUAUGGUGGUCAGCAGCACUUAGCAGCCAGCAGCUUCUCCCAGUGACUUCCCCCCAACAAACGGGGUAGUGCCGCCACCUCUCUGUGACAGUUUUCUCUAGCACCUUAGAGGGCAGAUUUCUAGAACAUUCUGUCAACAUGGCAUCUCAGAGACUUCCCUGCAUCCAGUGGGCCACAGCCAUGUCCUCCCCAAGAUCCAUAUCUCAGCUGGAGAUGCAGCGGGGCGGGGGGUGGGGGGGCUCUUCCUUGGGGGCUCUAUCUCAGCCCUGCGGUGGUGGCUAUGCCUUAGACCUGUUAUCUCUGUAUUCUUUACAGGAUCUUACUUCUUAUUCACCAAUCCAUUAUUUCAACCCCCUGUUAAAGUUAAUAAUUCUUUAUAUUAAACUUCUUAUAUUCAAAUUACUGUGUGCUUUCUGUCUUCUGAUUGGCCCCUAACUGAUACAGACAUCCAAAAAGAGGCUGCCUAGGCAAUCAGGACAGACAGUGAUGUAGGUAUGAACUAGGUCAGCAUCCCUAAGAUGGAGACGAGAGCCCCAAGUUACAAAAUAUAUCUCAGGUAAAGCUGGCCAAUUCUAACUCAGAACCAUACAGGGAAGAAGAUUCUGCAAAAUGAAGUUCUUGACAUCUUUUGCAAUGCAGAGAACUGAGAAGGGGGUGGUGGUGAGGCCAAGUUGAGCACACACAGGAGAUCAUUGCAUUUUGGGCUAUGUCAAGCUAAAGGAGUCUAUGGGACAUCCAAGUGGCCACAUCCAGAAGGAGGUUAGAAAUAUGUAGCAGGUAAAGUUUAAAGAACAAUGGCUGAAAGGAAACAAGGGAACCUCCAGAAAACCCUAUGUUCCUUAUGUCUUGGAACUGUUUCCUGCAACAGAUACAGCAGGUGCUUUGCACAUAAAAGAUGCUCCUUAAAUGUCACCUCCUGCAUUUAGAAGCCACUUCACAGAAAGAUGGGGGGAUGCUCACAUCCUAUGAACUUGUCAAAGGGCUCUUGGCCUCAGGGUGAUAUUUUUCUUUAGAGGAUUUUCAAAUAAUAACAAUAAAAAUAGUAAUGGAAGCCACAGCUGGACCUUACCUCUGACUAUGGCAAACCAGCUGGUAUCAGACCAAUCCUCCUACUGAGAGCAGUUUAAAAGGCUGUAGUUUCUUUUUCUUAAAUCUGUCCGAAUAUGUCAAAGAGCUACCAAUAUGUCAAAGAGCAGUGAGGACUUGAGGGGCCAAGAUCCUCAAGAGGAAGAAAGUGCAGAGAGACGAAAUGGACAUCAAGGUCUUCUGACCUCCUCAAGGCACUUGCCAACUCCUAAAAAGAGUCUAAAAUGCUGAAGAACUGGGCAGAGCUUUCAGUAGACUCACAGCUUAGAGGCUGAGGGCUCACCCUGGAGGAAGAGGAUUGGCUGUUAAAAGUUUUAAAAAAUAUGUUUCCAGUUAAAAUCUCUGAAGAGCUAAAACCUGCAAAUCAGUGCUAACCAGAAAUAUACUAAGUCUUACUAGGACUAAACCCAGAGUCAAACUAUCCCAACUUUACUUUUCUCAGAAGCAAAAGUAAAUCCUUUCUGAAGGAAUACCCAGAGUCUUGUACAUCUCUUCAAUGUUUCAUUUUUUAAAAGUGUCUAGCAUUCAAUAAAAAAUUACCAGGAAUACCAGAAGAUAGGACCAACUGACCAAAAAAGCAAAAGGAACAUACUUACAGAAGAGCCAGAUAUUGGAGUCAGCAGAUGUGGACUUUAAAAUAUUGAAGAAAACAGAUGACAAGAUGGAUAAUUUCAUCUGGGAACUGUAAACUAUUUUAAAAAAUCAAUUAAAAAUUAUAGGACAAUAUUACAAUAGCUGAAAUUAAGAACUCAAUUCAAAGGAUUAACAACUGAGUAAACAUAACUGAGGGUAAGAGUAAUGAAGUGGAAGACAAGUCAGUAAAAAAUAUUCAGACUGAAUCAUGAAAAAUACUGUAUCACAGAUUCAAGAUGUGCUACGAAUCCCAAACAGGAUAAAUACAAAGAAAGUUAUACCUAGGCACAUCAAAAUACAAUUACUGAAACCCAAAGCAAAGAGAAAAUUUUAAGAACAGCAACAAGACUGAUAAUUGACUUCACAACUAAUGAAAGCCAAUGACAUCUUCCAAAGGUUGAAAAGAACCCAAAAAACCUGUAGUACUCUAGAAUUAUUGACUUACCAAAAACUUCCUUCAAAAAUAAAAACACAAUAGAGACCUCUCAGCAAACAAAAACUCAAUCUGUCAC